GACAACUUGGCUUCUCAGGUGCCUCAGUGCCAUCCCCAGAGAGUCCCCACCAGAGACACGUUAGCUUCCCAGGAGCCAAGUGGCCUUAUGGAAGGCCAAAGGAGCAACCUAGGGCAGCAGGAGCCCCAAAAAAAAAAAAAGCCCAUAUCAGCCACUGCCCGGAGUCACGGAUCAGUCCAAAGCAGAUCAACCUUGAAGAGUGAGACUGCUGAGGGUCAGGCACUCAUGCCCGCUGUUGGACAGAUCGUAGAAGAAACAAGAGCGAUUCACCAUGGACUUCACGCCACAAAGUUAAAUGAACACAGACUGGAAUGCCAAGUCCCAGUGUCGCGCCAGAGGGGCCGCUCCAUGCGGCCCGAAGGCGGCCUUGGAAGGCAGCGGCACACCUGA